AUGCAUAAAAAUAAAAAUCGUCAGCAAUGUAAACAAGACAGUGGUAGUCGGAAUUCUUCCAUUCCAAAUCGUGAGGAUGAUACAUAUACGUCGCACAAGUCGCCUACUACGUUCGAAGGGUGUAAUUAUACAGUCACUUUACGUGUGGCACCAGCUGAACACGGGAUAAAAUGUUAUAGUUCACGCUGGUAUACUCAUCAAUUCACCGGUAUCAACGCUUUCAAUCAUUACUUUAAGUAUCUAUUGCCGAACGAGGAUGGGUUUACUUUACCAGAUAUCUGGGAUGGAUAUUUUCAUAUCACUCUUGCUAAAUUUCGACUUGAUCGAAACAAUCUUCCAAUGGCGGAAAAUAAUUUAGUGAAGCGUAUCAAUGAGAAGUUUUUACAUUCAGGUUGUGCGCCUUUUGAAGGAAUCUUUCCAUGCAGAUUCAAAAGCAGCACACUUGAUGUGCAGCCAGGUUCUAAGCGAUAUGGGAAGGUGAAAGAUGUCAAUUUUAUUACGUUGGGUGUAACGGACCUUGAAAAUGCAUUUGGUAAACUCCGUUCUUACCUUGACAUUAUCGAAGAGGCAAUUGAACAAAACGAUGAUGCUUGCCUGUAUGAAUUGUCAAAGGAUUGCAUCCCAGAAGCACAUGUCACCGUAAGAAAGUAUAGACAAAGAAAUAUUCCUCUAGGCCGUUUACAUUAUCUUAAACAACUCGUAAAAGAUAAUCCAAUAGAAUUCCAGUGUGUAGCACUCGAUAUUACACAAACUCGUCGACAAGCUUGUAGUCGAGAACUACAAACAAAUUGGUGGAUUGGAGUCACAGCAAACUUUCUGAAAUGCACAAAAUGUGGUACAAAGUUUACUGACGAGUCAAAAGAUACUUGCAUGAACGUGAAUUGUGGCGCCAAAGAACCAAUGUAUGAAUGUUCCGGAUGUGGGACAAGAGGAGAUGUAGGAAAGAGUUGGCCAGGAUACUGUAGAUACUGCAAGAAAUACGAGCGCCUCAGACCUUUGUGGUCAACCAAACCAGAACAAGGACCAUAG